AUGGCACGGGGGGUGGGGUGCCUCGCCUAUCGUUUGCCCAGUGGUGUGGUGGGGUGUGUGGGUGUGUGGUGGGGGGGCCGGGGGUACCUGGGGGGGGGGUACGCCACACCCCCAACCCUGUCGGAUAUGGGGGGGGGGGGGGGAAAUCAUGGGGGUGGGGUAAUCCCCCUCGGUGGGGGGGGGGGGGUAUCUGGGUACCAGGUGGGGGGGGGGGGGAGCAGGGGUCCCCACCUCCAGGAGUGGGGUAGGACUACACGGGGGGGUGGUUGGGGUGGUGGGGGUCUCCCCUUCCGGGUGGGGGGGGGUCCCGAGGGGCUCCUCAGCGAGGGUACGGGGGGGGGGGGCCCUUACCGGGGGGGGGGGGGCGAUCUCGGUGGGGGACCUCCCCUUGGGGGGGUCACUGGGGUGGGGAUGGGUGUUAUCGGUUGGUUAAACUCAGGUCCACAGGGUACGCCGGGGGUAUCCACCGGCUCUCACUGUGGGGUCUUGUUCGCGGGGGGGGGGGGGGGGGGGGGUGGGGGGGGGUCUACCGGGGGGUCCACGGGGGUCAGGGGGUGGUCUUUGCGAGUGUCGGGGGUCGGGGGGGGGGGGGGUGUUUGGUUGGCUCCCAGUUGUGGGGGGGGGGGGGGGGGGGGGGGGGGGUUGGGGGGGAUCGGACUCACUGAAGCGGGGGAACUCGUAAUGAAGGGGGGGGGGGGGGGGGGGGGGGUGUGGGUGGUGGGGGGGCCUUCGGGGGGGGGUCGCCCUAGUCCCGCGUGUGGGUGGUGGUGGUGUGUGGUGUGUGGGUGGGGGGGGCGGGGGGUUGGGGGGGUUGGGGGGGUCGGGGGUCCCUACGUCCACACCGCAGGGAUAGGGGGGGGGGUCUAUGUCCCAAUUUGCUGGUGGGGUGGGGGUGGGGGGGGGAAUCAGGGGGGGUUGGGGGUGUGUCGUAUCGGGUCCUGGUCCUGGGGUAGUUCGGGGAUAAGGGGGGGAACCACAUCCCAUCGGGACUUCCGUGCCUCAUCGGGGGUGGGUGGGGGGGGCGGUGUUUCCCCUGACACCUCUAAUGGGGGGUCUCACAUUCGGGGGGGUCGGGGGGGACCAGCCGGGGGGGGGGAGGGGGGGGAGGGCGGGUGGGGUGGGGGGGGUGGGGGUCUAGUGGGGUGGGUGGGGGUGAUUGGGGGAACCCGUGGUGGGGGGGGUUCCGGGGCCUACUUGGGGGGCGGGGGGGGGGGGGUGGGGGUUGGUCCGGACACCAACCCCAACACAACCCAACCCCCCCCCCAACCCACCCCCACUGUUUGUUGUGGGGGGUGGGGGGAAGGGGGGGGGGUGGGGGGCGACAUUACAGGAGAUGGGGCCCUCGGGGGGGGGGUUCCCAGGGGUGGAUCUCGGUGUCCUACUUCAAGUAUGGGGGGGGUGGGGGGGGGGUCCGCCUUGGGGGGGGUUGGGACGGUUGGGGGUGGGGGAACCCUGGGUGGGGGGGGGGGGUGGGGGGGGGGGGGAAUAGGGGGGUUGGGGGGGGGGGGGUUGGCGGGGGGGGGAACGGGACUGGGGGUCGGGCGGGGGGGGGGGUGGUUCUACGGGUGUACGGGGGAUAGUGGUCUGGGGGUUGGGACCGAGGGGGUGAGGGUUAUGGGGGGGGGGCCCCCUGAUACCCCCCAUCGGCGACCCCCCGGAAGGGGGGGGGGCGGUCCCCCCCCCCACACAACCUGGUUCACUUCAGCUUGGGGGGGGGGGGGGGGGUGGGGUGUGGGGCGUCCAGUAGGCGGGCGACCCAAGCCGGGAUCUCCUCGUGUGGUGUGGUGUGUGGGGUGUGGGGGGGGGGGGGCUGGGGGGGGACCUCCCCCCGCGGGGGUGGGUCGGGGGAGGGGGGGGGUGGAUAUCUUGUGUGUUGUGUGGUGGGCACUCAUUAGCCUGUGGUUGAGUGUCACAGUUCGCGCGGGGGGAGGUGCUGGGAGGGGGUCUGUGGGGGGGUGGUGGGGGGACCUCAAGAUGGCCCACACUUCAUUCCCCAAACCACACACCCCCCCCUCACACCACCCCCCACCCCUACCUCAACACACUACACUUGUGUUACCCUCCCCGGGAGGGGGCGAGGGGGUGGCCGGGGGUCGGGGGGGGGGGGGGGGGGGGGGGGGUUCGGGCCGGGGGGUUGGGGGUGUACAUGUCCGGUGGGGGGGGGGGGGGGGGACGGGGGGGGGGGGUCGGGGGGUAAACCCCGUGGGGGGUACCACCGUGGGGGGGGGGGGUAUUACAUGGGGGAUCUGCGUAAGACGCCCGGGGGGUGGGGGGUUGGCGCCGGUUUUGGUGUUUGGGGGGGUGGGGGGGGGGGCCUACCUAUGGGGGGGGGGGGUUUCUUAUCAUCGGUUCAGAGUAUUGGGGUUGUGGUGUGUGUGUGGGGGUUCCCUGCUAGCAAGUGGGGGGGUUAGCUGGGGGGGCGGUCCCUUGGGUCCUCCGCGCCGGGGGGGGGGUCAGCCCGGGGUCGGGGGGGGGUCUUGGGGGGGAGGCUCCGGGGCGGGGGGGAGGGUCCGGGGGGGGAAUUCGGGGAUCAUAACUCAAGCUCUAAGACGUCUGGGGGGGUUGUCCACCGGUGUCGGGGGUCGGGGGGGGGUUCCAGCCUGGACCCAGGGGGUCUCCACCCCGAAAUCCAAAGGGCAAGGGGGGGGGGGGGGGGGGGGGGGGGAAGGUGGGUUGGGGGAAGCCUCGGGGGGGGGGGGACUACCGACCAGUGGGGGGUCGUGGGGUGGGGUCAUGGUCAGGGGGGGGGGUCCCUGUAGGGGGUUGGGUGGUGGGGGGAUUUCCAGGGUACCGGACUGGUGUCCGUUGGUGUCCCGGGGGGGGGGCGGGAGGUACCCGCCAUCGUCUUCGGGUCAUGGAAGGUCACUGGCCCCCUGGUGGGAACCUGUGGGUUAUCCACAGAAGGAGGGGGGGGUGCUGGGGGGGGUGGGGGGCGGGAAUUGGGGUGAGAACCCUCCGGGGGGCCGCGGGAGGGUCGUCGGGGUCCCGGGGGCCCGGGGGGGGGCGGGGGUUUGGUCCCUGGUGGGGGUGGGUGGUGGGGGGGGGGGGGGCGGGGGGGGGGGGGGGGGGUCGCGGUUCCGCGUUCCCCGCACCGGUUGGGUGGGGGACCCAGGGGGGGGGGGGGGGGGGGUCGCGCUGGUGGGGGGGGUACCUGUCUGGGGGGGUCCCCACUUGGGGGGGGGGGGGGGGGUGGGGGUCACUGGGGGGUGUCUUUCCGGGGUCCCCGCUUCCCGGGGAAGGGGGGGGGGGUGGUGGCGGGGGGGGGGGGGGGGGGGGUGGGGUGACCGCGUGGUCGGGGGGGACCGGGGGGUUCCGGUCGAGGGGUUGUAUCGGCUCCCUGUCUCAAUCCCUCAACCGUUGCCCGCCGGGGGGUGGGGGGGUGUGGGUGGGGCUCUACUCCUCACCGGGGCGGCUCCCAUUGGGGGGGGCAUCCAUCUAGGGGGGCUCGGGCGGGGGGGGGGGUGGUGGUGGCGGGGGGGGGGGGUCCAAACCGUGGUUAGUGUGGGCGGGGGGGGGGACCGAACCGCCGUACCCCUAUACCUGGGGGGGGGUGAGCGGGGGGGGGGGUGCAGGAUGCGGGGGGUGGGGGUCACAAGAGGGGUGGCCCCGCCCCCCGCAUACACAGUGGGCGUGUGGGGGGGUUGA